AAUCUUUAUGUUGUUUAUAUUUAUGUUUUAGGUUCAAUAAAAUAUUAAAUAAAGUUCAAGAAAAAAACUUCUUGAAUGUAAUGUACCAAAAUCUACCUAUGCCUAAGAAUGAAGUAAUAUAAAACAAAAUUUCUUAUUGGUGUGAAAACUAUGGAGAAUGAUUUGCACGUUGUAGUUAAGAAAGCAAAAGCAGUGUUCAAAGAUCCAGGAAAAGUGAAAACAUUUUUAAUCCUUCAGAUAGAUAAGACCAUUAUAAAAACUCCUGUUGUUGUUGGCUCAUAUCCAACAUGGCAUCAAGUAUUUACAUUUAAAGUAUGUGGACCCAACAAGCAUCUUGUUAUAAAGUUUAUGAAAGAUGGACUUAUAUUUCAAGAUUUAUGUGGCUUUGUUAUUAUUCCACUUGUGGAUGUUCAUUUUUCAGAUAAAGAAGGACCAGGCACUUGGAUUCCAUUAUAUAUUGAGCAAAAUAACAAAAACAUACAGACUGAUUAUAAGCUUCUUAUUGAUAUGCGAUAUGCUCUCCCCCAAGGUUUGAAACCAGAAGAGGCUCAAGCAUUAUCUCAGAAACUUGCUGUUUUAAACAAUAUACUUGAUCAAGAAGUUAAAAUUAUAGCUGAGCAACACCGUCGUCACAUAAGCAGCAGUGUCACUAAACUAUCUUCAUUAGAAAAUUCUUUUGAUUCAUCAGAACAUCCUAAGAUCAAUGGAUCAAAAAGCACUGAAUCUUUAAACACAAAGUCUGAUUUUGAAAAGUCCAAAACAUCUCUGGGUGAUGAUGAUAUAUUUAUUUCACCAAACACUGAAGGAGGAGAAAUAACAGAUGAAGACCGAAAAAUCAUUUUCAAUCAAUUGAGACAGUUGAAAAAUGAAAGUCAAAAUGAUAGCGAGAAACAGGCAAGUGCGCAUAACAGUGAUUCAGAAGCUGACAAAGACAUGAAACUUGAUGCAAAGCGAAAAUUCAAAAAGCUUCAAAAAUCAAAUCCAGCUCGUCGUAAUUGGCAAAAAGCUUUAGAUGAUAUUAGAGAAGCUCGUCAAAGUGGAAUACAUUCAAAUAUUAAUGACAUUACAGAAGAGCAUUCAGCGCGGGAAAGAGUUAAAAGCAUAUUACAAGAACCUGUCAUAUUGCGUGAAAGAUCUAGGUCAGCAGGUGAUAAAAAUAUAUUUGGAUGUACUCCAGAAGAAGAAGAAGAAAAGGAAGAUGGUGGAAUGGAUAAUUCACCUAAACCACAGCAGGAUGAUUUUAAAUUUGGGAGGAAAAUUAAUAGAAGAUUUGGUAUUCGCCAUUCACCUCGCAGUAGUGUGAGGAGACAGUCUGAUCAAUUUUUCAACAUUGAUUUUUCUUCUGAGAUUAAAACAAGAAGAAAUUCAAUAUUCGGACAAGCCCUAACCAACAUUAUGCAACGCAAAUCCCAAGCUAAUUUUGCUUCUCCUUCUGUCAAUGAUGAUGAGCUGAAAAUUCAUGUUUACAAAAAAACACUACAGGCUUUGAUAUACCCAAUAUCAAGUACAACUCCUCAUACAUUUGAAAAAUUUUCAGCUCAGCAUCCAGUUUAUUGUUAUGAGUGCGAAAAUUUUUUAUGGGGACUUGCAAGACAAGGGUUUAAGUGCUCAGAAUGUGGUGUGAAGUGUCACGAAAAAUGUAGAGAUUUGUUGAAUGCAGAUUGUCUUCAGAGAGCUGUUGAAAAGUCAUCAAAACACGGUGAUGAAACCAUUGCUAAAGCUAAGCUUUCUCAUAUUCGAGAUAAAAUGGAACGAAGGUGUAUAGAAAAGCAUGAUAUAUUUGAAAUGAUAAGAGACAUGUUUAUGAUAUCAGAGCAAGAUGAUGUUAAGUAUACAGAUGCAGUAAAGCAAAAUAUAUUGGAUGGAUCAUCAAAGUGGUUUGCAAAAAUAUCUGUUACAGUUCACAGUGCACAAAAUCUCAUAGCAAAAGAUAAAGCAGGUACAAGCGAUCCUUACGUUACUGUUCAAAUAGGAAAAACUAAAAAAAGAACAACUACUAAACCAUAUAACCUGAAUCCAGUGUGGGAUGAAAGUUUUACAUUUGACUGCCAUAAUUCUUCAGAUCGAAUAAAAGUUCGUGUUUGGGAUGAAGAUUAUGAUUUGAAGGCAAGAGUGCGGCAGAAGUUUACACGAGAACCUGAUGAGUUCUUAGGUCAAACCAUUAUUGAAGUUCGAACUCUAAGUGGAGAAAUGGAUGUGUGGUAUAAUCUUGGAAAGCGAACUGAUAGAUCAGCGGUAUCAGGUGCCAUAAGACUAAAAAUUAGCAUAGAAAUUGAAGGAGAAGAAAAAUUAGUCCCAUACCACAAGCAGUAUACUUGCCUUCAUGAGAUCUUGUUUCAAUAUCUGUAUGAAAAAAAUGGAAAUGAAGUGAUAAUACCUAAGUCAUCUGGCGAUGAUGCUUGGAAAGUAUAUUUUACUGAACCAGCUUUAGAAAUAGUGAAUGAGUUUGCAAUCAGAUAUGGAGUUGAAAUAAUUUAUCAAGCAAUGACACAUUUUUCAUGCCUUGCUGCGCAUUAUAAUGAGCCUGGAGUUCCUGCAAUGAUGAGUACAUUACUGGCUAACAUUAAUGCUUUUUAUGCACAUACUACUGCAACUUCUGCUUCUUCUGCAAAAAAUAGAUUUUCAAAUUCAAAUUUUGGUAAAGCUCGCUUUGAGAAAAUUUUAAAUCAGCUUCACAAUCAAUUGAGGAUUGACUUGUGCAAUUAUAGAACACUUUUUCCUGCAUCAAAUGAAGUUCGACUUUCAGAUUUAAAAUCAACUGUAGACUUACUUACAAGCAUAACUUUCUUCCGGAUGAAGGUUCAAGAAUAUAAUGCACCUCCUCGAGCAGCUCAUGUUGUCACAGAGUGUGUGAAGAACUGCAUUGAGUCAAACUACAAGUUUAUUUAUUCUAACUGCCAUGUACUUAGUGCUGAUACAGAUAAACAGAAUGAAGAUAAUACUGGUACCCAAACUAUAGAGUUUUGGGUUAAAUUAAUUCGUUUAGUUGUUGGGAUUAUUGAAGAAGAUCGUGAUGUUUACACAAAUAUAUUAGAUCAAUUUCCAUCAGAUUUGAAUGUUGGAGAGUUAAGUGCUUUUAAGUUGUGGACAAUGUUUGGAGAAAGUCUUCAAGAGUUUUUGGCAGAGCAAGAAAAACUUCAAACAUGGACAAAUACAGAAUAUAUGAACUUAUAUUUUAAGGUCAAAACAUUUGGGAAACUUAUAGAGCAUGUUCCAGAGUAUAAGGCUUCACCACCUAUGUAUAUUUAUUGGUUUGAACCGUUUAUUAUGAUGUGGUUAGAUGAGAAUGAUGAUUUGUCUAUGGACUAUUUGUAUAAUGCUGUCGAUAAAGAUAAGAAUGAGGGAUUUGAAAAACAGUCAGAAGAAUUUAGAUUCUCUUUUUCUGUUCCAGAUAUUUUUCUUUCGCUCAUUCAGAGCUUAGAUAUUAUUAAAAAAUUGGAACUACCAUGUUUAGACAUGGAGAAGAGGUUAAUAGAUCGUUUUUCUCAGACUGUUGCUCAAGUAUUGCUUCGUUAUUGUGAGCUUAUAAUUCAAAUUUUUGAAAAAAUAUGUCGCUGUCAUAUAGUGGCAUGUAUUUUGAUGAAUAAUGUGCAACAGCUGCGAGUACAACUUCAAAAAUUGUAUGAAUCUAUUGGACCUGAAAAAAUGAGUGAGAAAACACAAUCAUCUUUUAAAGAGCUUCAGCAAAGUCUUUCUCAAUACCUAGAUGACUUAAGCGUACUUUAUGCUACAAGUGUUUCUGAGAAAAUUCAAGAAUGUUGCAAGUUGUUAAAUGUACAGUUGAUCAAAAUUAAAGGUGUGGGAUCUAACAAUAUGUCAAAUAUGGAAAAACAACUUCUUGAAAAAGAUGCUGAGGAUGUCAUGCACGCUCUUUUUGUUUUUAUGGAAGAAAAUUUUCCUACAUAUGCAAAGUAUUGUGAAAAACCUGUUUUAAAAAGAUUAUUAAAGGAGUUAUGGAAGAUGGUGAUGAACAGCAUAGAGAAAGUUAUCGUGUUACCUCCUCUGCCUAUUGAUGGUGUUCAAGCAGACUCUCACAAUCUUAACCCUCGUCAGUGUAAAAUAUUAGAAAUUGUUUUAGAAAUUGUUCAGAAUUUUUUUCAUGCACGUGGUGACGGUUUGAAAAAAUCAUUCUUAGAAAAAAGUCCUGAUAUCAAAUCACUUCAUUAUGCUUUGUCUCUAUAUUCUCAAACUACAGACUCACUUAUUAAGACGUUUAUUGAAACUCAAGACCAACAAAGUGCUUUUGCUGCAGAAGGGUGUGUUGGUGAGAUUGAUAUUCAAAUUGACUUGUUUACUUAUGCAGCAUCUGGUGAACACAAAGUCACUGUUAAAGUUGUUGAAGCAAAAAAUCUUUUGUGGCAAACAAAAGGUGUGUUUCGACCUUUUAUAGAAGUUAACAUACUUGGCCCUCAUCUGACAGAUAAAACUAAAAGGAAUUCUACAAGGUCAAAGAACAAUAACUGGUCUCCUAAAUUUAACGAGAUAAUGAACUUUCAACUAGGAAACGAAGAUCCACUUUCUUGUUAUGAACUACAAAUUUCUGCAAAAGAUUAUUGUUUUGGGCGUAAAAAUCAUUUGAUUGGAGUAACGGUAUUACCGCUUCGCAAUAUAUGUAACCGUGGUUCGUUUGCUUCGUGGUGUGCAUUGGGCAGAUCACUUUAUAUGAACGAUACAGGAUGGACUAUAUUACGCAUUUUGUCACAAAGGACUAAUGACGAAAUUGCGCGAGAUUUUGUAAUGCUAAAAUUUGACCGCCGCAUAGAUGCGGAAAUGGGUUGAUUUUUCAACUUGUGAGCAUUUAACCGAAUUCUUUACUCUGUUUUUCAUUAAAGAAUGCGUUACAAAUUUAGAAAAAAAAAAUUUUCCUGACUUUACUUCUGUAAAAUAUCUAAUCAUGUAAGCUAAUUGCAUUCAAAUUUAUGUCAUUUAUGCUAAAGUAUUCAAAUAUAUUUUAUUAAAAUAUUAUUUUUAAGAAAUGUUAUUAAUUAAAAAAUCAAUAUAUUUUUAUAAACAUUUUUAUUUUUAGAAGUAAAAUUUUGUAAAUUUCUACUCGACUCUUUCAAUGUAGCAAAAUAUCUUCUUUUUGACAUUUUUUUCAACAAUCAAAAAUUUAUAUAUUAUUUAAAUUAUCAUAAAUAUUCGCUCAAGUCAAUAGUUCCAAACAAUUAAAUUUAAUGAAGUUUUAUUUUAUAAUUUGAAUCUCUGGAUACUAUAUUAUUAAAGUUGAAUAAAGAAAGUCCGGCUUUGGAAACUAUUUGAGUUAAAUGAUGAAAAAUAUGUCCGCGGGGACCAAUAA